AAAGGUUGGCCCCGCACCAGCUUAAUCCGGCACGCCGUCCCCCCCCCCAUCAUGGACCAUGAUGAUGAUGAUGGCACAAUCAAUGACCACCUUCUUAACACGCGCGCGCAUUCCGGCAGGCCGUGAGACACAGAGAGAGAGAGAGGGAGGAGCCAGAAUUGAGCAAAGUCGAUUGCCCUACAGGCAGCUGACAGCGUUCCCUGAACCUCGCGUUCGCAGCCAGAGGCAAAGGCUCAGGACUGUCGGCAGGGGAGACGUUAGCGCAGUCGAGUCUGUGAAGUCUGCUGCCAUCGCUACUGCUGCUACUGCUGCUAUGGCUGCUCAACACUUGGAAGUCAAGACGAGUGCCGUGAUCGAAGCGUUCAACAAUGUGCUGGAGGAGUCGGAAAAGUUACCCGAAGACAAGAAGCUGUCGGUGGUGGACGGAAUCAAGUACCCGAGGUUGCUGCAGGCGGACACCCUGAAGCUGCUGCCCGGGUUCGCGGCGCGGCCAGACGACAUCCUGCUGGUCACCUAUCCCAAGAGUGGUUGCAACUGGGUGUCGCGCCUGCUGCAAAGCAUGCUGUACCUGGCUCACCCGGCCCUGGAGGAAGCCAUGAAAGAAAACAUUCACCUGCCCCUUCUGGAGUUCGGGCCUCCCGGAAAGAUGAAGGACCUCGACGCGGCCCCCUCUCCUCGCCUCUUCGUCACUCAUCUCUCCGACCUCAUCCCGAAGGGGUUCUUCGAGUGCGGCUGCAAGGUGGUGCUCGUCUUCCGAGAGCCGAAGGACACAGCGGUGUCCUUCUACCACUUCUACAACAACAACCCGGGCCUGCCCUCUGUCGGCUCCUGGGACGAAUUCUUCCGCAUGUUCAUGGAGGGAGACGUGGCUUGGGGUUCCUACUUUGACCACGUCAAGUACUGGAGCAAACGCUGGGAGGACAAGAACAUCCUGACGUCAACCUACGAGGAGCUCAAGGCGGACCUGCCGGGGGAGCUUCAGAAGAUGUCCACCUUCCUGGGGCUGGGUCUGUCCCGGGAGCAGAUCUCCGACGUGGCCGACAACGGCACGUUCAGCGCCAUGAAGGCCAAGGCCGAGGCUGAUAAUCUCAAAUUCGGCAAGGUGGUGUUCCGCAAAGGGGAGGUGGGCGAUUGGAAUAAUCAUUUCAGCGAGGAGCAGCGCGUGGAGCUGGAAGCAAAGUAUGUGGAGACCCUCGUGGGUACGUCGCUGGCUACUCGACUCAACUACUAGACAACUACCAGCUCCACGUGCGAUAGGACUCUCGAACUAUUUGGGUCAAAGAUGAAAACACUCACGACAAAUGGCCCUGCUGCUUCUUCUUCAACCUUCGGCGACUCCUGUGCUGGUCGGAUGGGAUGGUCCACUCGGAUGGGAUAGUCCACUCGGAUGGGAUAGUCCACUCGGAUGGGAUGGUCUACUCGGAUGGGAUAGUCCACUCGGAUGGGAUAGUCCACUCAGAUGGGAUGGUCCACUCGGAUGGGAUAGUCCACUCGGAUGGGAUAGUCCACUCGGAUGGGAUGGUCCACUCGGAUGGGAUAGUCCACUCGGAUGGGAUAGUCCACGUGGAUGGGAUAGUCCACUCAGAUGGGAUGGUCCACUCGCUCUGAUGGGAUAGUCCACUCAGAUGGGAUAGUCCACUCACUCAGAUGGGAUGGUCCACUCAGAUGGGAUGGUCCACUCGCUCGGAUGGGAUAGUCCACUCAGAUGGGAUAGUCCACUCACUCGGAUGGGAUGGUCCACUCAGAUGGGAUGGUCCACUCAGAUGGGAUGAUCCACUCAGAUGGGAUAGUCCACUCACUCGGAUGGGAUGGUCCACUCGGAUGGGAUAGUCCACUCAGAUGGGAUGGUCCACUCAGAUGGGAUAGUCCACUCACUCAGAUGAGAUGGUCCACUCAGAUGGGAUGGUCCACUCAGAUGGGAUGGUCCACUCAGAUGGGAUGGUCCACUCACUCGGAUGGGAUGGUCCACUCGGAUGGGAUAGUCCACUCAGAUGGGAUGGUCCACUCAGAAGGGAUAGUCCACUCACUCAGAUGAGAUGGUCCACUCAGAUGGGAUGGUCCACUCAGAUGGGAUGGUCCACUCAGAUGGGAUAGUCCACUCAGAUGGGAUGGUCCACUCAGAUGGGAUGGUCCACUCAGAUGGGAUAGUCUACUCAGAUGGGAUAGUACACUCAGAUGGGAUGGUCGACUCAGAUGGGAUAGUCCACACACUCAGAUGGGAUAGUCCACUCAGAUGGGAUGGUCUACUCAGAUGGGAUAGUCCACUCAGAUUGGAUGGUCCACUCAGAUGGGAUGGUCCACUCAGAUGGGAUAGUCCACUCAGAUGAGAUGGUCCACUCACUCAGAUGGGAUAGUCCACUCAGAUGGGAUAGUCCACUAAGAUGGGAUGGUCCACUCAGAUGGGAUAGUCCACUCAGAUGGGAUAGUCCACUCAGAUGGAAUGGUCCACUCACUCAUAUGGGAUGGUCCACUCCCAGCCUGAUCGUAGCACGAUAACAAAGUCAAGUGCAAGUCGGUCGGCACUCCCAAACGAGAUUUAUUCACCUCUAGGGAUAUUUCAAUGUGAGAUAUUUAAUAAAAACUACGAUUAAAUAUUCGAAUUAAA